AUGACUUUGGGACGUAAAUACCAGCAAUCUUCCGGGAAUGCUGGGGAGGUUCGUAAGGCGUAUUCUAACCAGUCAAAGGUCGGGACUCUCUCUGGGUGCUCGUCCUCAAUAUCACUGUGCGACAUGAUUGAACCACCGGAUUAUGAAGAGGUAUGUGAGAGGCUGAUGGGUGAGCGGGACCCGCUCAUUUACCCAUCAGCUGACAUGGAGCUGUGUAACGUGCCACGACGCAUAAGGACCAUAACACAUGUGCUCCCUGAUGAAGACCUUGCCAAAGCCCCCAUGUUCGUUCGCGACUGUAUACGUUGCUACACCACCGACUACACCGUGGUUGAGUACAAAUACAGAGCAUACUCAGGAUCAACAUUCGGAAGGGAACGUCUUGGGGAAAGACUGGAGAAGUUGCACAGUGGACCUAGGCACACUUAUGAAAUCGAUGAAUGUCAUACGGCGUCUACAGAAGAACUAGCUUCACAGCAGUUCUCAGAAUCUCAACCGUCCAGCGGUCGUCAGUCCGUGGCUUCAAUAUCCUCAUCAUCAUCUUGCAACGAAACGCUGACUCCUCGCGGCUCUUGGGCUAGCUUGGAUCUGCGUAGCUCUUCAUCAGACCCACUGCUACCGGAUCUGUUCGAGAGAAAACCACCGGAGCAGAUUGAUGCACUUAAUGAAGCCAGGAGAUUAGAGAACCGUCAACCUGAUCUGCUAGGCCUGUACACGCCGUAUUUGGAUGAAGAAGAGGCAGUUGAAAGAAGACUAGCAGCUGAAAUGCCUUGUGAGAUUAUGGGACAUAGGAUAUUGGUCGUGUGCCAUCAAUUAAAACUGGAACUGGACGUCGAGCCACUCUUCGCAUCGAUGGCACUCUACGACGCCAAAGAGAAAAGGAAAUUAUCAGAAAACUUCUACUUCAAUCUUAACUCGGACUGCACCAGGCAGAUGCUCUCCUCUCAUGUUCCCCACGCGGACCUCUCUACGUUCAGUCGAAGUGCCGUCUUCGACAUACUGAACCCCUCCCCCGACAUGUUUCUGGUCGUCAGAGUCGAGAAGGUGCUACAGGGAGAUGUCAAUGAAUGUGUUGAACCUUAUAUCAAGGAUGACAAGAACCGCGAGAAGGUCCGCGCGAGCGCGCUGGGCGCAUGCGCGCGGCUGGGCAAGUACCGCAUGCCGCUGGCCUGGAGCGCCGUGGCGCUGCUCAACAUCCUCACCGGCUCCAACAGCCUCGAGCGCGACCAAGACCGGGACCCCGCCGCGCCCCCCAACACCAACAGCCUCGACCGCAAGGCGUCGUCGAGCAGCCUGGAGCAACUGCGACGUCGCGCGGGUGAAGUGGGGGGAUCGCUAACUCGCAAGGGCUCCGUGGAGAGGCGCACAGCCCCCCACCUGCCCGACGAUCUGGCGCACCAGCUCGACACCUUCAAGCCCAUCGUCAUCACCGUCACCAGCUUCUUCAAACAGGAGACAGACAAACUCCGCGAUGAGGAUCUGUACAAGUUUCUGGCUGAGAUCAAGAGGCCCAGUUCUGCGCCUAAGAAAUUGAAGUGUAUACCUGGCACGUUGAAGAUCGAAGUGUCUCCGUGUCCAGAUGAACUGAAGAAUGGCUUGACACCAGAACUUGCUAAGUUGAAUCCGUAUGGAGAUGACAACGUGAGACCGUGCAAGGAGAUCCUGCCAUUCCCCUUGCACCCUCCAGCGGUCCCUCACUACCAGUACCGCAACCUGCUGUUCCUGAGCGUGAAGGAGAUCAACCUCAAUGCGUACACCUCUCGCACGGGCUCUGCAAGAAAUAUAACCGUGAGAAUACAGUUGAUGUCUGGUGAAAGUGAGGAGUUGGCACUACCAGCUAUAUUUGGACGGAGUUCCUGUCCGGAGUUUACCAACGAAGCGUACACCACCGUCCUCUAUCAUAAUAAAAACCCAUCUCUGUACGAUGAGAUAAAGAUCAAGCUGCCAGCUGACCUGGGAGACCAACACCAUCUACUGUUCACGUUCUUACACGUGUCGUGUCAAAGGAAACCCGUCGCGCCCGACCAGGAGAAGAAUGUUGAGACUCCUGUUGGAUACUCGUGGCUCCCUCUGUGUCGCAACGGUAAACUGGCGAGCGGUGAUUUCAACCUGCCCGUGAUGCAAGAGGAGCCCCCAGCGAACUACUCGUACAUCUCCCCUGAAGUUCUGCUGCCGGGCACCAGGUGGAUCGACAACCACAAACCUAUCUUCAGUAUUACUUUGGAUGCUCAUACUACUGUUCAUCCCUUGGACGACUACAUAGAACGCUUUGCGAAGGCUUGCGAGGCGGUCCAAGAAGGCAAUAUUCCGCCUCGCAUCGGUCUUGCCAAUAUGGAGGCCGAGCUACGUACUAGCAUAACCGACUUACCGAAGGCCAAUGUGGAGGUGGUGGCGCGCUACCUGCCCGUGGUGCUGGACAAGCUGCUGCACCUGCUGGUGGCGCCGCCCGUGCUGGCCGGGCAGACCCUCAACAUCGCGCAGGACGUCUUCACCUGCCUCGCGAACCUGUUCACUGAUAUAUCGAACAUGAACGAGGGCUCAACGUGCGACUCGCACGGACGCAGCGGGCUCAUCACCACGUACAUCCAGUACCAGUGCACCAUCCCCCGGCCCUCGCUCACCGACCGCGACAUCGGCCUGCCGCUGCCUCCCGCCGUGAUGACAGACGGGUCUUGCAAGAUUUUACACGAAGAAAUAGCACUACAGUGGGUGGUCGCGAGUGGGGCCACCAGGGAUCUCGCCAUGCAGAAUUCUUGGUCGCUGUUCGAGCUGAUGGUGAAGUCCAUGGUGGAGUACCUGUACUGGAGCGGCGCGCACGAAGCGAGGCGCAAGGCGCGCUUCCCCGACCAGUUCACCGACGACCUCACCACCCUCGUCAACAACGUCACCUCCGAGAUCAUAUCCAGGUACGGCAAAGACAGCCGCCUAACACAGAGCCUAAACAACAGCCUGGCGUUCUUCUUAUUCGACCUGCUCAGCAUCAUGGACCGCGGCUACGUGUUUAACCUCAUACGGAACUACUACAAGCAGAUGUGCGCCAAGAUCGCAUCUCUGCCAGACGCUGUGCCCCUCGUUCAAUAUAAGCUCGCGUUCCUGCGCAUCGUGUGUUCGCACGAGCACUACGUGUCGCUGAACCUGCCGCAGGCGGGGGGGGCGGGCGGCGCUGGGGGGGGCGUGUCCCCGGCCGCCUCGUGGCAGUCGCUGGGCUCGCACUCCAGCCACGCGCUGGGCCACGAGUUCCGCUCGCGCCACUACCUCGCGGGGCUGCUGCUCACUGAGCUCACCAACGCGCUCGACCUUCAGAGUCCAGUGCUGCAGUGCGCGGCGGUGAGCGGCGUGGUGUCGCUGCUGACGGCGCACGACGCCGACCCGCGCCUGGCCGCGCCGGACCUCAAGGCGCGCGCGGCCGCGCUCUACCUGCCGCUGCUCUCCGUCAUCAUGGACGCGCACCCGCAGCUCUACCGGGGCUUCGCCGGCAACAAGGAAACGCUCCAACUGGACAGUGACUUGGGACAGUUCAGCAAUCUAUACACCGCCUCGUCUCCAGAAGGGGAGUUUAAACAGAACGGUCGGCCGCCGUUCAACAGCGAGACGAGCCGCAACCUGCUGAUGUGCCUGGUGUGGCUGCUCAAGAACGUGGAGCGCGGGGCCCUGGCCGCGUGCGUGGCCGACCUGCCGCCCGCCAGGCUCCACGCGCUGCUGGCGCUCAUCGACCUCUGCUUCAAGUGCCAGGAGUACAAGGGUCGCAAGGAGAUAAUGAAGUGUACGCAGCAGAAUGUUCGCAAGACGACGGACAUCAAGGCGAAGCUGGAAGACGUUAUAUUGGGACAGGGCUCUGCGCGGUCUGACUUUAUAAUGAGACGCAAAGGCCAGGCGGGCGGUGGCGCGGGUGGCGCGGUGGGCGCGUGGCGGCGCGAGCGCUGGCGCAAGGAGUGGGUGCGCGGCGCCAAGCAGGCUGCGCACGCGCCGGCCGCGCCGCUGCCCGCGCUGGCGGCCGCGCUCGCCGCCGAGCGAGCGCUCACGCUGCUGCACGCGCUCGAGACCAUCGUGCAGACGUGCAGCAAUCUAGAAUGUGGGCAGAGCGUGUGUAGUGCAGCGUUGCAAGUAGUGUUGCGGGCGCUGCAGCGCAACCAGAGCGUGACCGUGUUGCAGCACAUGUUCGCUACUGUACGAGCUCUCAUCGUCAAGCUGGGCUGGUCGUGCUGCGGCGAGGAGUCGGGCAUCUGCCGCGUGCUGCUGCGUCACUGCGCCGCGCUGUCGGGCGCCACGCGCGCGCACGCCUCGGCCACGCUCUACGCGCUCAUGCGCCAGCACUACCAGCUCGGGAACAACUUCAGUCGAGUGAAGAUGCAAGUGACGAUGUCCCUCUCAUCUCUGGUGGGCACCUCCACUACGUUCAGCGAGGACUCGUUACGACGCGCCCUCAAGACCAUACUCGUGUACGCGGAGCACGAUCACGACUUGCAGGACUCGAAUUUCCCGGAACAGGUAAAAGACCUGGUCUUCAACCUGCACAUGAUUCUGUCGGAUACGGUGAAGAUGAAGGAGUUCCAGGAAGAUCCGGAGAUGUUGCUAGACUUAAUGCAUAGGAUCGCUCGGGGAUACCAGCACAGCCCUGAUCUUAGGCUCACUUGGCUCAAUAAUAUGGCACAGAAACAUAUGGAGCGUUCGAACCACACGGAGGCCGGCAUGUGCCUGGUGCACGGCGCGGCGCUGGUGGCGGAGCAGACCUGCGCGGGGGGGCGCGGCGCCGCGCUGCUGCAGCGCGUCACGCACAAUGCGCUCGACGAGAGCUGCGCCGACGCGCUGCACCACCACCUCACCCACCUGGAGCUGCAGGCUCUGUUAGAACACGCCGCCAGUGAGCUGAUGACGGCGGGCAUGUACGAGACGGUCAACGAGGUGUACAAAGUGCUCAUACCCAUCGCAGAAGAGCACAGGGACUACAAGAAACUAGCCAAUAUACACAGCAAGCUGAACGAGGCGUUCACUCGCAUAGAGCAGUUGCACGGCAAGCGCGUGUUCGGCACGUACUUCCGCGUGUCGUUCUACGGCGCCAGGUUCGGGGACCUCGACAACGAAGAGUUCAUCUACAAGGAGCACGCGCUCACCAAGCUGCCAGAGAUAUUCAGCCGGCUCGAGAACUUCUACGGAACCCGUUUCGGUGUGGAUAACGUGGUGAUCAUAAAGGACUCGAACAUAGUGGACGUGAGCACGCUGGACCCGGACAAGGCGUACAUACAGAUCACGUACGUGGAGCCCUACUUCGAGCCGCACGAGCUUAGGAAGAGGGUCACGCAUUACGAGAGGAACUAUAACAUCAAGCGGUUCAUGUACGCGACGCCGUUCACUGUGGGCGGGCGCGCUCACGGCGACAUCGCGGAGCAGUGCAAGCGCAAGACCAUCCUCACCACCGCCCACCACUUCCCCUACGUCAAGACCAGGAUACAGGUCGUGCAACGAACACAGAUAAUACUAUCACCCAUAGAAGUGGCCAUCGAAGACAUACAGAAAAAGAUAAACGAGCUCGCGGCGGCUACGAGCCAGGAGCCAGCUGAUCCGAAGAUGCUGCAGAUGGUCGUGCAAGGGUGCAUCGGCACCACCGUCAACCAGGGACCACUAGAACUUGCACAGGUGUUUUUGGCUCCAGUGGCGGAGGGCACGCAGCCUCCCACACGACUCACUAAUAAACUGAGAUUAGCUUUCAAGGAUUUCUCCAAAAAGUGCCACGACGCUCUGCGCAAGAACAAGAACCUGAUCGGCAGCGACCAGCGCGAGUACCAGCGCGAGCUGGAGCGGAACUUCGCGCGCUUCACAGAGCGCCUCGCGCCGCUCGUGCGAACCGCGCCCGGACACGUCGCGCAGCUCAGCAAUGGCUUGAGCAAACACGACUACAAGUUCCAGGCGUAA